AUGUUUAGAAUAAUCCACACAGGAGAAAAACCCUAUAAAUGUCUGGAGUGUGGGAAAUGUUUUGCACAUUACUCAGGACUUCUGAGUCACCAGAGAAUGCACACGGGAGAAAAACCUUAUACAUGCUCAGAAUGUGGAAAGUGUCAGAAACUGUUUACUAGCAAAGCAUACCUUUUGAGCCACAAGAGAAUCCACACAGGAGAGAAACCUUAUAAAUGUCUGGAGUGUGGGAAAUGUUUUGCACAUGACUCAGGACUUCGACGUCACCGCAGAAUCCACACGGGGAAAAAACCUUAUACAUGCUCAGAGUGUGGAAAGUGUUUUUCCCAACACAAUCAACUUGUGACGCAUCAGAGAGUUCACACAGGAGAGAAACCUUACAAAUGUCUGGAGUGUGGAAAGUGUUUUUCCCAAUCAGCUCAUCUUAAGAUCCAUCAGAGAGUUCACACAGGAGAGAAACCUUACAAAUGUAUGGAGUGUGGAAAGUGUUUUGCUGACUCCUCAUCCUUUGCACAGCAUCAGAGAGUUCACACUGGGGAGAAACCCUACAAAUGCAUGGAGUGUAGAAAAUGUUUUGCAUACAACUCAGCCUUGUUGGUACAUAAAAGAAUCCACACUGGAGAGAAACCCUAUAAGUGUUUGGAGUGUGGAAAGUGCUUUGGUCGCCAUUCCCAACUUGCAAACCAUCGGAAAAUUCACACAGGAGAGAGAAACUAUAAGUGCACAGUUUGUGGGAAAUGUUUUGCUGACAACUCUACCCUUGUGCUUCACAGAAGAGUUCACACAGGAGAGAAACCAUAUACAUGCAAAGUGUGUGGGAAAUGUUUUGGUUAUAGUUCAGCUUGUAUGAAACACCAGAGGAAUCACACUGGAGAGAAACCUUAUAAAUGUUCCGAGUGUGGGAAGUGUUUUUCUCACCGGCCAGCUCUUAUGGUCCAUCAGAGAGUCCACACUGGAGAGAAACCAUACAAAUGCUUGGAAUGUGGGAAAUGUUUUGGUUACCAAUUCUAUCUUGUGGAUCAUCACAGACUGCACACAGGGGAGAAACCUUAUAAAUGUUUAGAGUGUGGGAAGAAUUUUGUUCAGAGAUCUAACUUUUUGACACACCAAAGGAUACACAGAAGGAAGAACCCAUAUGAAUGUUCACAGUGUGGCAAAUGUUUCACACAGCAAUCCAACUUAGUGAUACACCAGAGGGUUCACAGAGGGGAAAAGCAUGAGUGUAUCAAGUGCGGAAAAUCUUUUUCUUGUAGUUCAGAUUUUGUGAAACACCAGAGAUCUCACACAGGAGAGAAAUCUUACAAGUGCUUGGAGUGUGGGGAAUGUUUUGCUCACCAGUCAGACCUUCAGCAACACAAGAAAGUCCACACUGGGGAGAAACCUUAUGAAUGCUCCGAAUGUGGGAAAUGUUAUGCUUACCGUUCUGCAUAUAUCAAACAUCAGAAGGUUCACUCAGGACAGAAACCUUGCAAGUGCUUACAGUGUGGGAAAUGUUUUGCUCACCAGUCAGACCUUCAGCAACACAAGAAAGUCCACACAGGAGAAAAACCUUAUAAAUGCACCAAAUGUGGGAAAUGCUAUGCUUACCGUUCAGCAUAUGUAAAACAUCAGAAGGUUCACUCAGAACAGAAAUAG